ACCAACAACAACUACCAUGACGUCAUGAAGGGACAAACAACAGAGCAAAUGCACCUUGUUUUUGGUGAUCAACAAMCCGCUUCGCGGACAAUACACAGUAUGGCUUUCGACAAAGAAAUCUACCCGGUUUACGAGAAAAAAAUCGAAAAUGAACAACCAAAAAGUCAAGACACUUCGCCAUCGAAGGACGRAAAACGAGUCAAAUCCAAUGGGUUUGUGACGAGGACUCUGAUGUGUGUUUUAGAGCCAAUUUUACCUGACGAUGGGGUCAAAGGCGAUGGACGAAUCGCUAGUCUUCUAUAUUUGAUUUGUCUUACAGUAGCUGGGGUAGUYUUUAACUUAUCCAAGUGGCUMCAAGCGGACUCUAAGGCAGAUUCAGGGGUAACCGCGGACCAUAUAGACGGUUUUCUUAUUACAUGCAUUGUUCCGACUCUUUUAUGGAUAUGUUAUAUUUUUUGUAAGCAGAAUGAUCGUAAAACAGUUGACUUUAUGACUCCUACACCUCAUUCAAACCGACCUCUCAUGGCCGGUGCCUACGUGUUUGGCGCUGGGACAUGCGUAAUGGACCUUUUACACAUCGCGUUUUACAUCGAGUGCUCAUCGAACUUAUCCAGCCUSUUUUUUUCCGUAUUCAAAGCCGUUUUUAUCUUUUCUCAAAUACUCUUUCUUCGUAAGUUUGCCACUGCGACAUUACACAAGUCACCUAGCAUUCGACUAGUSCUUUUUCAUAUUCUUGGUACAAAUAUAUGCAUCUGGUUCCGGGCUUUGUUUAGCCAYUCUAGUACUAUUUUUAGCGACAACGGACACUAUGUCGGCACAAUCCGAGACGAAGACAAUCUUUGUGUAUCAAAGCAUUAUUCUAUGAAGAAAAUAUGGCAAGCUUCUGAGCCUUAUCUGUAUCCUUUUACAAUGGAAUACACGCUGAUCGCUGGAGGGAUUCUUUAUAACAUGUGGAGCGGGAUGAGAGAUCUGGAUCCCGAUCCACAAGAUAUUUAUAUCUACGAUGAGUUAUCUGACUUUAAUACUACAACUGAUAAUAUGAGCGAAAAGUACUAYGACGACCAGGGGUACGGCACGUGCGAGGCACACACCCCAUCGAAGGACUCUCUAAGCAGCACACGCUUUUUAAGCCGRUUCUCUCUUAACAGAGCAGUGUCAACCUCCUCGUUGUGUCAAACAUGUAUAGACCAUCAUGACCGUACUAGACUUAAUACAGUUCCGAGCUCAGAUCCAGGACUUCUUGUCGGAUUAUUAUUUUCUAUUCUGUUGCUAUUGGCAGUUGGGUUGCUAUGGGUUGACAAGACGUCCCAGAAUGCACUGCGGUUCUACUAUCUUUACCAGAUUACUUUAUUGACGUUCAUGAGUAUAUCGUGUUGGGUGAUCCUUAAAUGCUUAAUGGCACAGAARCUUUCGUGGUAUCCCUUUGCACCUGACGAUACUCUUCUCAUUGCGUCWUUCACUGGAGUGUUYUUGUAUGCUGGYUUGUGCUUAACAGCAGGCAUUGCCGAGUACAAGAGCCGAGGGCUAAUCUCGGACUUUUCCAUAGCAAAAUCGACUUUAAUACUAUUUCAAGGUAUGUUGCAAGCGACUGCAAUUAUMAAAGCACUYCGAUUCAGACCACGUGAGGAAAUUGGCGCCAAUAUCAUUCGACAAGGCGCGCUUUUCUUGCUGACGACRAACAUUGCAUUAUGGGGCCAAGAUUCCUUCUUCGAGCUUAGAGACUUUGUAACUACACCAGUACAGACAGUWUUCUAUGGAGAAAGAUCGUGGAAAGCCAUUACAGUGCUUGCAUAUCCUCUGUGCAUAUUCUUUCGAUUUCACUCCGCGGCGUGCUUGUUUGAGGUUUGGUCUAGUUUUAGAUUCUGCGGUCAUUGAUGCGAAGGAAAUCUUGCAGCAUGUUGUGUCAUGGUUAACUUCAUUCUUUUUAAAAAACGUUUUUAAAACUUAAGUGGCUUCCCAAGCAUAUUUUCGAGGCAAACACUUGAAUGGCUUACUUGGCACUUGAGUGGCUUCCUCARCAUAUGUUUGGCGGGAAAAAUGUAAAUGGCUCGUUUGACACUUAAGGAGCUUCCUGGACAUAUUUUGGCGGGAAACACUCAAAUGGCUUUUUGACACCUCAGUGGCUUCCACAACAGAUAGCAAUGUUUGACGGUUGACAGCGUUUUUGUUUAGAUCCUAGUAGCCAUGACACAGCAAGCCCAACUAAGAUUUUUUUCUCAGAUCACGAUAUUUCAUAAUUAUAUCGAAGCCCAUAGGACUCCAAAACGUAGGUCAGUGAAUUUAUAUUUUUUAUGAUGUACAUUAUAUUAAAUUAUAUAUAUAUUUUUAUAAGAUAAUCAUAGCUAGCGGUUCUACCGAAACCUUUGGCAUUCAGAGAAGGGAAUAUGAGACCAUUUUUCGCUUUUUGUAAUUGAAGCUUUUUUAAUCACAAGUUUAUAUAUUUUUCCAUUUUUACAUUGUUGCYUGCCCAGUUAAAAAUUCAUUAUAAGUUUCAAGAAAUAAAACAGACAAACCGAGACCGAAAAGACAAUUGGGAAGCGCGUUGAUGACAUGCGUACUGAGUAUAUAUUGCAAUGACAGGUGGGAUUCUCGUCCACAAUUAAAUUAUAACGUUUUAUGACGAUAAAAUAGCAACCAAAACACUUUAGAACCAUUUUAUUAUGUCUUGAAAUCGAAAAAAAAGCACAGUGAGCGUCUGUAAUAAUCUUAUUGACAAUUCAUCAGUUUUUUUGGUCUCUGUUUGUUAAUUUUAUGUUUUAAAGUUUAUAACGAGUUUGAAAUUGGUGGCGUUGUUCCAAAAGAACCUUUUUGUAUGAAUACACUUAAGCCACACAACAAAUAUAAAUUCAUAUUCCCUUCAACAAUAUCAAGUAGUAUGUAAACAAACUGGCAUUGCGACGAGCAGACCAAGUAGUCUCCUUUGCAGCCGUCAUUGUGACGUCAUUGUGACAUUGAUAACGGCUGCAAGGGAGGCUACAAACGUCGGAUGGAUUUACAGACUACAGAUGCCGAGGGUUAGAACUUGCUGGCAAUGAUAAAAUUAAGGAAGAACGGUAAUGCCGUUAGAAUAAUCUAUUUUCUAAGAAAAGAGCGACGAUUCCAUUCCAAAUUUGGGAAAAAAUAUUCAUAACAUCACAUACAAUGUGACGAGACAAGGGGUGACAUGACAGAUGACCAUUGCGUGACAGAAAACGUGACUUAGUGACGUGACUAGUUACUGUUUUGUAACUUCAAUUGCAACAACUUUUAACAUAGACAAUGUGAUACGACAAUAUGUUACAUGACAGAAAACCAUUGCGUGACGGAAAACGUGACUUAGCGGCAUGUGUGCUCUGUCUAUUUAUGUAUGCUUCUUGACCAAUGAUAUUACGUGACAACAGAGUGUGACAUAGUGUGAUAUGACGUGACAUGAUUUUGCGACAUUUAAGCUUUGACAUUAAACCUCUGACUGCAAACUACACAAUGAGACUGUACUACAAAUAACUCUUAUACAAACACUGCGACAGCACUACUAUACGAAAUUUGAAAACUGGACAACGAAAUUUUAACAUAUUGCGUGACAGCAUUACGAACUACAUAACGCAUAACGCAUUCACAUGCAUGCACUUCGCAACRAAUUAUCACAUACAAUGACAACGCGCUAAAUAGACAAACAAAAGUUACAUUUCAUACGUAGUGCAGAAUACUGACGCCAAACUGCACAAUACAACGUAACAACCGGAACACGKUGAAACGACAACUGCGACCCAAACGGAAAAAUACUCUACGUAACGUAACUAUCACGAGAACAUGCUUACUGAAAANUAACGA